AGUAUUCAAAUUCAAAUAUGUCAAAAAUAAAUUAAAGAGCUAAUAGCAUCGAUGAAUUUAGAAUGAUUAAUAGAAGAACCCAGAAGGAAAAUUAGAACUAGAACAACAGAACUUUGGACGAGAAAUUACUCUUAAUUGAAAAAUAAUUAGCUUAAAAUGAGAGUUAUAAUGAUUAAUAUUUACUAACUAAUUCAAUUGAGGCAAAUGCAGUACCUAUGAAAACAUAAAAUUAAAGCAUAUCUUUUAAUUUAUAAUCUAUUGAAAAUGAUAGGUUUAAUUCAAAAAAGAAUAGCUUAAUGGAGGAGUGCUAAAAAAAGUCAUAUGAUUCUAUGAGAGAUAACGCCUCUAAAUAUCAGAGUAAUAAUAAUGAUUCAGCCUUGGUUAUGUUGCUUAAUGAAUUUGAAAGGAGAUUUGAGUAGAUUGAAGAAAGAUUACAAUCGAGGUAUAUAUUGAAUUAAUUUAGUGAAAAAACAAACAGAUAGUAUUAGCAAAAUAAUAAAUCAAGUGCAGAUUACUUUAAUGGAAUCUAAGAGAAACUCACCUUAUUAUUAUAAAGAAUAGGGAAAUUUGAAUUGAAAUUGAAAUAAUUAGAUGAAGCCUUUCAAUCCCAUAAGAAUUAAACAGACAAAAGAAUUAUAGAAUAUAAUUAGCAUGUAUCAUGAAAAUGGAUUAUUAGGUUGAUUAAUCAUUACAAUCAUUUUUGGAUGUAUCAAUUAAAAUCUAAAAAAAAAUUGAGCGAAUAACGUCUAAAGAUAAUCUAACCGAAGUAGAAGUAUUGAAAUAAAAAACUGACAAUCUUACUUUUAAUUUACAGCGAACUCAUGAAUUAUUAAAUUAAUAAAUGAAUGACUUUAGCUAAUUAUAGUAAUCUGUAAAUUAAGUAUAUAUGCAAUUAAUUAUUUCCUUAGGUAAUUCGAGAAGAUUACUUUAAUAAUUUAUUUGAAGAAAUAGAGACCAUAAAAGAUCAAUAUUCAUAAACAAUGCAAUAUUUGAAAGAGUUAUAAGAAUUUUUGAUAAAAUGA